GUUGUAUUACGUAACCUGUCGGAUAAAUACUACUAAGAAUUUAGUAUGUAUGUGUUGAUAAUAUGUACAGACACCGGCGAUAUGUUAUCGGGCUGGUAACACUCGGCGGGGGAGGGGAUCAGACCGGUGUUUUCAGUGUAUAAAGGCCUGACAUGGCGGAUGCCGUUUUGGCCGUCGAAUAUUACUCGGAGGGAUCAUAUAUUCGUUAUAAUCAAUGACAAGAUUUUAGUAUCGUAGUAGAGUUUGGUAGUGGAAGAAAAUAACCUGUUAGCUAUAAAUGAUCAGUAAAUGACGGUGUGGAUCCUAUUAACAUAGUACAAACCUACACCCCAUGUGUAAGAUAUAUAUGUUAACAAGUCUGAGUGAAGUUUCACUUUUUUCCGUACUGCAGAUCGCUGAGAUGGGCAAGCCCUCGGUGCCAAGGAGAGAGCACAGGGUGGAGGAGGUCAUCGAGCCGGUGGCCCCGGCCGGGAACAACGAUUUGCAGAUCUCUCAGCUGUACAAGUCCUCAGUGCGGAUGAAAGACCCUCGCAGAGUGGUGGAGAUCAUUGAGUCCAUGCGACUCGCUGGGAGUAGCACUUUACAGGUAAUUUCAGACUUUGACAUGACCCUCACUAGGUUUGCAUGCAAUGGAACACGAUGUCCCACCUGUCACAAUAUCCUGGACAACAGCGCGCUCAUCAGUGGAGAUUGUAAAAAAAUGCUGAGAGAGCUGCUGGACAAGUAUUAUCCAAUAGAGUUUGAUGCAUCACUUACAGUGGAGGAAAAGGUGCCGCACAUGGUGGAUUGGUGGACCAAAGCCCACAAACUGCUAAUCGAACAGAAGAUACAGAAGGACUUGCUAGCCAGAGCCGUAAAGGAUUCCAAUGCCAUGCUCAGGGAUGACUAUAAGUUGUUCUUUGACCACCUGCUGGAGGAUGACAUCCCCCUGGUGAUCUUCUCUGCUGGGAUUGGAGAUGUCCUUGAAGAAGUCAUCAGGCAGGCUGGUGUCUUUCACUCCAACAUCAUGGUGUUCUCCAACUACAUGGACUUUGAUGCGAUGGGCACCCUGCAGGCCUUCAAAGGGAAGCUGAUCCACACCUUCAACAAGAACGGGCUCACGCUGGUCGAGUCGAGCCACUUCCCGAGGCUGCGUGACCGACACAAUGUACUGCUGCUGGGGGACUCUCUGGGGGACCUCAACAUGGUCGACGGGCUGCCGGACACGGACAAUAUCCUGAAGAUUGGCUUCCUCAAUGAUAAAGUGGAGGAAUGGAGGGAGCCCUACAUGAACAGUUACGACAUAGUGCUGGAGAAGGACGAGACCAUGGAUGUGCCCAACGCCAUAUUGAAUUACAUCACAGGUCACCAGUGAAGAUCCCUAGAAGGCUUCAGAGCAGAGCUGGGUACUGAUCCACCAUCUUCCACCCCAGCAAGCAUUUUUUUUUAUUAUUAUUCAAGGGGUAAGCCUGCCCUAAACAGUGAAAAUGCACAGACCACUCCAGUUCCUGUGUAGAAACCUAUCAGCUCUUUAUAUAUAGAACGUACUCAGGACCGUAGUAUUUUCCCAAGGUUUAUCCUGCUGGUUGAAAGAACUUUGUUGCCUAAGGGAAUGCUUGGUAGAAUUAUCAUAUUUUUUUUAAUGUAAAACAGACAAUUGAGCCUUUGCACCAUGGUGCAACUUUAUUGAAGGUACCUACUCGCAGGAUGUGUUGCGAAGACAUAAAUCGGGACAGACACGGUGUUAGUGAUAGAGCACUAAUGUAAAUUAUCCUUUUUUUUAGGCCAGUGUCUUAGGCACUUUUUUCCACAUCAUGGCUGCCACACGCACACACCGUUCACAUUUUAUUUGAGGAGCCGGAAGGAUAAUUUACACUAACACUGGUUAGAAGUUAAAUGUUUGUUACUCUGUGUCACAGCAGUGGCUUUUGUGCAACCUAAAAACAUCCACUUAGUUGGUUUUCAUGUUGAUUUUAAUGACUUUUUUUUGGUUCAUAUUUAGCAAAAAUAGUGAUGUUCUGGGAGUAAAAUGCAACUUACUGGCCAGAGGGUUGUGUGCUGAACUUAAGACCAGAUGUUCUGGGUGUCCAGAAUGCAACAAACACAUCUGUGAAUUUUAGAGUUUAAGAGGAUGUUUAAGGAGGGGACUGCUGUGAUAGGCCAAUGCACUAUCCUUCCAUCAGGAGCUGCUUCCAUCAUGGGUAUGAUGUGUGGUGCUGUUUUAGGGGUUUGUUUUUAAGCAAUUGUGAACUGUAUCUUGCAGCUUUGUGCUUUGUCUGUUCAGGAGAUAACAGCUGCUGUUAUGGCAUGUGUGGUGUUAUGGCAUGUUUUGGUUGUUCUCACACAAUAAAACUGCAUGUUAAAAUGUU